AUGACCAAGACCGUCCUGCUCGUUCUGGAUGUCCAGAACGGCAUCAUCGAGCGCCUGAACAACACCGAAGCCUACCUCGAACGCUUGGUCCCGGUCAUCGAAGCUGCGCGCAGGGCCGCCAUCCAGAUCGUCCAUGUGAGAACAGCUUUCCGUCCAGGUUACCCCGACGCACAUCCCAACAACGUGGCGGUUUCCCGAGCGAAAGACCUGCAGACAUUCAUCGAGGGCGACGAAUCCGUCGAGAUUCACCGAGCUGUGACGCCCAAGGCCAACGAGCCGAUCAUCACCAAGCGCCGUGUGUCGGCCUUCACUGCAACGGAUCUCGAUCUUGUGCUCCGCUGCUUGCAAACAGAACGACUGGUCGUCGCUGGACUGGUCACCAGUGGCGCGGUCCUCUCGACGGUGCGGCAAGCUGCCGAUCUCGACUACAAUUUGACUGUGCUGGAGGAUCUGUGCAUGGACAAAGACCAGGAAGUUCACAAAAUCCUGAUGGAGAAGGUCUUGUCGAGACAGGCGAGCGUUAUUACCUCUGCGAAGUGGCUGGCGGAACUGCAGUGA